GAUUAUUUUGCAAGCCUCUACAAAGAUUGGAUUAUUUUAAAUUUGAAUUAGAUUGUUCAAACGAUGUCGUUUGCAAAAAGUGCGUUUCCUUCGGAGUUUCCGUACCAAUCGAACGACUCAUUCAUUCCUCAAAACUGAAAAGGUCCAAAAACUUCUCAUCUAUCCUCACUCAAACAAAGCACCAACCCAUUCCGUCUCAUUUCCCCGACCGAUGGCCUCCCGGAACCCCAGUCGCCGCCGUCCCUCCGCCGCAGUCGUGCCUGUGAAGAGGAAGCCGGUGUUCGUCAAAGUGGAGCAGUUGACACCCGGGACCAGCGGCCACAACCUCACCGUGAAGGUCUUAAACUCCAACACAGUGCUGGAGAAGAAGCCCCGCGAUACGUCGCUGACGGGGUUCCAUCGCCCUCCUCUGAACACUCGCAUCGCUGAAUGCCUCGUCGGCGACGAAACUGGCACUAUCCUCUUCACGGCUCGUAACGAGCAAGUGGACUUGAUAAAGCCAGAAACCACUGUGAUUCUCCGCAACGCCAAGAUUGACAUGUUCAAGGGGUCGAUGAGGCUAGGCGUGGACAAAUGGGGCCGUAUUGAGGUGACCGAACCUGCGGAUUUCACUGUCAAAGAAGAUAACAACCUGUCAUUAAUCGAGUACGAGCUGGUGCCAGUCGAAGAAUCCGGCCCCAACAUGUGAAGUGCAUUAUCUCUCUAUUAGGUGAAGAAAAUGGAAUUAGAUUCUGGGACCUGGGUAUUGUGGUUAGGAGAUUGUUAAUGAAGUCCAAGUUUACCCUUUUUUUUUCUUAUUAAUAUUAUUAUUGGCUAUAAAAUUCAGGUUUGGUGAAUGCUGAAGAUUGGGUGGAAGUUUGGUUUAUAAAAAAAUCCAGUUUGGGAUUACUGGGGUUU